UCUCUCCUUUUUAUACAUGAGCCGCCGGCAGCAGCCGCCGGACUCGCCGCCGCCGCUCGCCCCUGCCGCACUGGAUUUACCGCCCGCCGCGGCCCCGCGCCCCGGCCCCAUGCGGGGCACCGGCAGCAGCGGCUAGAAGGGGACCUGGAUGGCCGUGGCUGAAGGCGGCUGGUGCGCGGUGAAGCGGUGCGCUGCGGACGCCGGCGGUUCCUCCUGCCCCUUCGCGACCAGGGAGCCGGGCCCGUCUCCUCCUUCGUCAUCCUCCUCCUCCGGCGGCUCCCAGGGCGAGCGCGGCUCCUCCAAGACUCCUCUGCCGGAGCCCGACGGCAGCCACCGGCCGGUCCCACCGCCGCCUCCCGCGGCCGAGGGCAGGUCGCUGCUCGCCCCCUACGUGCACUUCGGGGCCCCCCACCCCUCCGGCCGGCCCAGCUGGGAGGACAUCCUGCUCUUCGCGGAUUUAGACCAAACCAACAAGCUGAUCUGGUCCAGCCGCGGCUCCAAGCUGAGCGCCCUCGGCGCCGAGCAGCCCGAGGAGAUGUACCAGACCCUGGCCAUCUCGGCCGCCCAGGGCCCCACGCCUUACGACGGAUCUCCGGGCGGCUUCAUGCACUCCACGCCUAGCUCGCCCGUCUACGUGCCCACGACCCGCGUGGGCUCCAUGCUGCCCACGCUGCCGUACCUGCAGGGCAGCGGGGCAGCCCAGCCCAGCCACCCGGGCGGCGGCCACGCCGUCUGGUCCCAGCCGGCCGCGGAGAGCCCCUCGUACAGCACCGCCGGCGGCUCCCACCCUUCGGGCCGCUUCCCCUACUCCCCCAGCCCGCCGGUGGCCAACGGGGCCUCCCGGGAGCCCGGCGCCUACAGCAACAGCCUGGGCGCCAGGGACCAGUACAGCCCCCUGGCCCGGCCGCUCAACGGCUCCUACCCGGGGCCCUACACGUCCUACGUGGGGCCGCAGCUCACCCCCGCUUGGCCCACGGCGCCCUUCGAGAACUCCAUGCUGCACUGCCUCCAGGGCCGGGCCGCCCCCAUCCCCGUCCGGGCACCCAGCGCAGAGCUGCUGGAGGACCUGUCCGAGAGCCGGGAGUGCGUCAACUGCGGCUCCAUCCAGACCCCGCUGUGGAGGAGGGACGGCACCGGCAACUACCUGUGCAACGCCUGCGGGCUCUACACCAAAAUGAACGGCCUCAGCCGGCCCCUUAUCAAGCCCCAGAAGAGAGUGCCCUCGUCCCGGCGGCUGGGCUUGUCCUGUGCCAACUGCCACACCACGACCACCACCCUGUGGCGCAGGAAUGCGGAGGGCGAGCCCGUCUGCAACGCCUGUGGCCUCUACAUGAAGCUCCACGGGGUUCCCCGACCUCUUGCUAUGAAAAAAGAAGGAAUUCAGACCAGGAAGCGAAAACCUAAGAACAUAAAUAAGUCAAAGGCAUGCUCUGUUCCCAAUUUUUCAGGUAACAGUACUACUGCGGUUCCUAUGACUCCAACAUCGACGUCUUCUACUAACUCAGACGACUGUAGCAAAACCGCUUCUCCCAGCACACAGACUGCAGCCUCUGGGGCGAGCUCGUCGGUGAUGUCUGGCCCAGGAGAGAGCACCAGUCCCGAAAGCAGCAACCUUAAGUAUUCAGGUCAAGAUGGGCUGUACACAGGAGUCAGCCUGACCUCCACGGCUGAAGUGACGGCAUCUGUGAGACAGGAUCCCUGGUGUGCCCUGGCUCUGGCGUGACCCGGCACGAGGGAAGCUGGAUCCCGGCGCUGCGCAGCAGCCCCCAGAUGUCUGCGCACGGUUUCUUCUGCGGAGCGGUCACGGCGGCAGCGAGAGUGCUGGCAAAGACCAUUCCUCUGAAAUUGUUUCUGUGCCUUGGCGGCAGAGGUGUUUUUCAGCCUCCGAAAGAGGCUCUGCCAAAGCAUCCAGUUCCUCGUCUAUGCAAGAAAGCAAAUGCCCACUGGGGAUAACUAAUGCAGCCUUACACUCUCAAAAAAAAAAAAAAAAAAAAGAAAAAAGAAAAAAAAAGAAAAAAAGAAAAAAGAAAAAGAAAGAGGAAAAGGAAAAAAAAAGAAGAGAUAAA